AUGGAUAUCCCUGAACAAGUUUCCGUAAAAUAUGAGUCUCCCUAUCAACCGGACUCUAACUAUUAUGACAUUUCACAACAACUCGAACUGAAACGUAGAUACUCGGAUCAGACGCAAGACUUGGCAAGUAAGCGGCAGAGGGUUGAUACGCCAGCUUCGCCCGUUGGCUCGAUAGAAUUAGCAGCUUUCCUCGCACAGGCAACUGCCUGUGCAACACAGCAGCUCUUGUCGCCUUCAACUGAGCAACAGAAAUACUCGCUGGCCUUUCAGACAGAAGACGAUUGUGGCCACUCAGAAAUCAUCCACCAGCCGUAUGAAACCGAUUUCACGUCAGACCCUCAGCUCUACAUGCAGAUACUUAGUUUGCCAAUUUUAGAGAGUUUGUCAGUCCAGAUCCUUUCAAUUCUAGCGCGCGGGCCUUAUCAUGAAACUAUCAAAAUAGUAACAACGCCUGAAUCCGAACUUGGAAAAACCUAUGCAUUAUUGAAAUCCCUCUUCGAUCAGACCAAAAAGAUAUACUCUCCCCACUCAUCAUUCCUUUCAGUUAGUGCCCUUAAUGUGGUAGGAGCUGAGCACAGAGCAACAAUAAGAAGAGCCAAUCUUGCUACCUUUAUUUCAAGUGUCUUUUGCGGAUACGAUGUUGGAUUCUUGGAGCUUAAUGAUCACUUUAUCGAUACUUUUACGGCAGAGAGCUCUCCACUUGAAAAAGAACCAGGGAUGCUUUUCCUGAACUUAAAAACGCAAAUGUACCUUUCUGCUGUGUCACAAGAGGAGCAGGAAAGAACACGAGAAGAUAUCCUAGAGGAUUUCUUUCCCAAUGACCUGGACGAGCUAUUGCGGAGUCGACACUCUAAUCAUUCUCUUUCAGAAAGUGAGGAAAACUUUUUAGAGUCUUAUGUGGCUCGACGUGAGCUCCUGGCAAAUGCUCCAGUCGAUUUGGAUUCAAUCCAGUCUCUAUCUGAGACAUUUUCCUGGGAAGAUUUCCUAAAACAAAUUGCAAUCUAUUUAGAGAAAGAAUCGCUACUUGGGCCUUUCAUGGAACGUCAUUCCCUGCUAGUUCCAAUAGCAGCACCAAAGGAAGACAACAAUUUGCAUCAAUCUCUUACACAAAUUGAGGAUGAUAUCGUUGCACAAGCUGAGCUAGCUGCCAAACAAACACUUGAGAGUUUGGGACUUGGUAUUUCACAAAAAUUACACUAUGGGAGCCCAAAAGAAUAUCAAUAUCAUGACCAAAACGAGACGUUUCAGCCCGACUAUAGUAGUAUUAGCCUUCCAAAGGAACAGACUGCUCCAACUCAGGUACUGUACGAGCGUGCCCGACAAGCAGCCGUCGCUAGAGCUAGUCCAAGUAGCACCCGCCGGCCAGGACUUCCCAGUCAGAGAAGACCUUGGAGUGGUGAGGAGGAGAGAGCCUUGAUGGCUGGUCUGGAUCAAGUCAAAGGACCACAUUGGAGUCAAAUUUUGGCUCUCUACGGCUCCAGAGGGACUAUCAACGAAGUGCUAAAAGACCGAAAUCAAGUUCAACUUAAAGAUAAGGCUCGGAACCUUAAAUUAUUCUUCCUUAAAAGUGGCAUUGAGGUGCCCUACUACUUGAAAACUGUGACGGGUGAGCUGAAAACACGCGCCCCAACCCAAGCUGCAAAGCGCGAAGCUGAAGAGCGCGCUCGGCUAGCUAGCGCGGAGGAGCAGAUUCGUAUGAACGGCAUAAUGGCCCUGACAGAAGCACUGGACGAGAGAGAAUCGGUGCAGCCGCGAUUCAGAUCAAGAGAAAAUUCAUGUUGCAGCCAGGAGUCUGUAAGAUUAGGUGUGAUCGGAUUUGACGGCAUCAUGGGCUCAACAAAAAUGUUGCAAGACGAAUCUCGACAAACCUUUGCGUCGACAGAUGACCCUAUGACAACAGAAAUUAAUCAACAUAUAUCUAGCACAGACGGCGUGGAAUUUAAGUGA